AUGAGCGCCACACCGCCGCCGCCGCCGCCGCUAGACACGGCCGGAAAGAAGGGCCAUGUAAGGAAUACGCCCUCGAUUGACGAGCGCAGAGUUGCGGUGCCGCGGAGGAGAACGAAGGGGCCGUUGGACUUUGAGGAGAACCCACCCCCGAAACCCUCCGACCUGCUCUCCCCCACCUCGCCCACCACAACCACAACCACAACCCCCACCCCCGUCUCCCCCUCCCCCUCUCCGACCCCAACCCCCAUCCCCAACACACCCCUCACCCCCGCCAAAGACCACACCUUCCUCCGCCACCCCCCCCUCUUCCACCCCCUCCCCCCCACCCUCCUCCCACCCCCCUACCACGCCCUCCCCGCGCCCCCACCCACCACCCCCCUCCCAACCCUCAUCACAUCCGGCCACCUCCGCUCCGCCGCCAUCUCCGCUGCCACCACCCUCGCAGACCCCACCAUCCCCCUCACACCCGCCGAGAUCUACAGACUAUGGUACAUCCGCCUCGCCACCCUCACCCUCCUCUCCCUGACGCCCACGGCCGCGCAGGAGGUCCGCGCACUGAGUGAUCUCAACUCGUCGUUCUACAAGGACCCCGUCUCCGGCGCGUGUCUGCUGCCGUGGGAGCUCCGAGUGCUCGCGGUGCGCCUGCAGGCCGUGGCCUACGGCGACUGGAGGAGGGCCGUCGCGAUGUACUAUGAGCUGGGGCGGGAGGCGCGGGGCGCCGUUGUAGCCGCGGGGGGUGGGGAGGCGGCGGGGGUGUGGCGGGAGCGGCUGGUGGAGCUGGGCGUGCGGGUUGGGAGCGCGUUGGUGGAGAUGGGGGAUGUGGGGGGCGCGGCGAGGCAUCUUGUUGGUGUGCGGGGGGGCGGGGAGGGGGUGGUGGUCGCGAGGGCGCUGCUGUGGGUGAGGGCCGGGAAUGUGGAUGCUGCACGGGGGUGUCUGGGGGAGUUGGGGGAGGGGGCGGCGAGGGGGGUGUUGGCGGCGCUGUUGGUGAUGGCGGAUGGGCGGUGGGGGGAGGCGGUGGAGGCGUGGCGGGGGUUGGAGGGGGUGGGGGCCGUGGGCGAGGUGUGUAGGAGGUGUAAUGAGGCGGUGUGUCUGCUGUAUACGGGGCGCUUGGAGGAGGCGCGGGGCGUGCUGGAGGGGCUGGUGGAUGAGGGGAGUGUGGCCGCGGGGGGCGUGUUUAAUCUGGCGACGGUGUAUGAGCUGUGUAGUGAUGCGUCGAGGGGGUUGAAGAUGCGGCUGGCGGAGAGGGUGGCGGGGUUGGGGGUUGAGAUGGUGGGUGCGAGCUUUAAGAUGUAG